GCAACACCAUCCUCAUCCGCAUCCACAUCCUCAUCAACAUCAACAUCAUCACACUCAGCCUCAGCCUCCUCAUUCCGCAGUCGCCACAAAUUCAUUUCACUCCCGAGAAUCGGUGGUUCAACCCCUUGAAGGCUACCAACCCCCCACAAGCACAUCUAACUCUCACCUGGAAGCCACAGCCGCCACCAACAAUAACGGUACUCUAGCAUCAACAUCAUCAUCAUCGACAGCGACUAUCACAAGCCCAACUACGUCAGCAACAAUAGCAUCAGUCAUGGGCAGGCGAGAGAUUAAGCGGGCCAACACGAACGUCCCGAAGUCCUACGACAGCUCAAGCGCUACUUCCAACUUUGUGGGGAAAUUCACCCAAAGUGUUCGUCGUAUUGUACAAGAUGUCAAAGAUGAAGGAGCUCCGAGUGGUAUGAGCAGGGAAGAAGUUAUCGAAACAAACGAGAGACUACGAGCGUUGCGACUGCGCUUGGAAGAAUCCUACGAUACUGCUAAAGGAUCGCUUGUCACUUUAAUGAACAAAUACGGUGACUCGAAAAGUCAGCGUAAUAUGUUUCAGCGAUACCCGAUGUUAAAGUUAAUGAUAAAGGACGUCAUACGACUUGAAACACAAUAUUGGACGCUUAUAGACAUUCCACGUCAAGAGAAACAAGAAACAGUUCCCUCGUAUGUUAUGAGAGCUUGCUCGAUAAUGGAGAAAACCCAGAAAUCAGGUGAGGGUGUCAAGACAUCUGCAAAGCUAGCCGAGGAAGCUGCCGAAAGGAGAGAACGAAUGGAACGUCUUGAACAUAUGACCACAGCACAAAUAGAGCUUGAGAACACCCAACUCAUCAAUGAUCUUUAUAGACUUCUAAAAAAGUAUCUAGGAUUGCGACAUUUAAUACGAGUUUUAAAAGAUGAAUACGGUAGCUCAAAAAUGUAUCCAAUCAUUCCACGUUACACAAUGUUGAAGGAUAUGAUAAAAGGAAUCAUGCAUGAUCCCGAUUACAUGGAAGUUUGUCACGAAGUUAACAACUAAUCUUUGCAAACUAACUUCUAUAUACUGAGAUUUAAAACCACCAUUAAUCAAAAUCAUCUUCAUUAAAUAUAAAAUUUACUAUACUUUGAACAACAACAACAAACAAAUAACAUAACAUUACAUAUCGCUAUGGAAAUAUAUUAUACAAAAAAUAUAUAUACAAAAAUAAUGGUCUAUACUAUAUAUUAUAUUAAAAUCGAUAUUAUAUCAAGGUAUGCAUUAGAUAGGCUAAAACUAUUUUAUUUUUGAAGCGUAUAUCCGUAAACACUGAUGUCAUGCUGCAGACACACAAAUUAAACAUCAUGUUGUUAUUUUAUAAUAGAUAGAUUAAAUUGACAUUGUUUAAUCAUAUGAAUUAAAAGUUUCAAAUUGAUUAUUUAACCGAAUGUAAUGCAUGCUUCAUAA